AUGGCAUUAGUUGAUCAAUUAUAUUCAAUUAAAACUGAAAAUGAAUAUUUAAAUUAUUAUACAAAUUUUCUUCUUGAAUGUACAACACAUAAUCUUGAUUAUAAUCAUUUUAUAUUUGAAAAUCCACUUGAUAAAUGUUCAUUUCAAGAAUUUCCAUUAGCAUAUCAACAACAACAACAACAACUAUCAAAUUCAACAUCAUCAAUAAUUUUACAAACACAAGAAAUAUCAAAUAGACAAGAAUUUAUUUCAACAGAAAUGUUAAAUAAUAAUAAUAAUAAUAGAAAUUAUAAUUGGCUUAAUAGUUGA